AUGACAGCAGAGAAGAAACAAGAUCACAAGCAGGAUCACAAGAGACGAAGUAGCCCAAGUAGGGCAGCCAAGCCAGGUGCUGUAAAAGAGAGUCGCAAAAGCAGCAACAGCAACAGCAGCAACAGCCACAGCAGGAGUUCUGGUCAUCGAAGAAAAGAACGGAGCAGUUCAAGGGCAACCAAACCAGGUGCGGUUUCGGAACACGGGAGGGGUAGUAGUGCUAUUGCUAGAAAGAAAGGGAAUUCUCCUAGCUCUAGGAAGUCAGGUGCCAUUUCCGAAACAACAAGCAGGCAUUCGGAUGCUCGAAGAAAGGAACGACGCUCGACAAGUAGGGCAUCCAAGCCUGGUGCGAUUCCUGAGAGCAGCGAUCGCAUCAUAGGUUCUGAUCGAAAAAAGGAGGGAAGGUCCCACCGAUCUUCGAAUUCACCACGAGCUGUUCCUGAAGAUCGCCGAAUGAGCCAUCGCCAUCGGAAAAAAGAAGGAAGACCCGAUAGCUCCUUCAUUCAGUCUCCGCCACUUAUUGCUACCAACCAAGCCAAUCCAGAGGAUGCUGCUAAUUUAUUUGAAGCGGUAGCCGUGGAUGGUAACUCAGAUAGUCACGAUGCUGUUGAACAAAUGAGACACGAGUUUGAGAAAAAGGAAAAGAAGCGUCAACAAGACAUGGAUGAGCUCAACCAGCGACUUGAAGCUGAAAGAACAGAACGAGAAGCAAACGAACAAGCACAACGAGAAGCAAUUCAAGAAGAGCACAAAAAGACAAGAAAGCGGGACAUUAUUGGUGUGGUUUGUUGCAUUCUGGUUCUCGUUGCCGCCGGAGUUGGUGCUUUCUUUGGUCUCAACAAGAAUGAAACUACGACUCAAAUUGUAUAUCAGAUAUACGAUCCACCAAGUGAAGAAGAGUGUCGCGCUAUCUCCCGGAACGAAACCAUAGCUGGACAAGAAGCAGACUUGGAAGACACGGUUAUUGACAUGAGCUUUGACGUCACUAUAAACUCGGGCUGCAACAUUACUACCCCCCAGGUGCAAACUCUUCUGAUGGCUAUUCAAGACAAGCUUCUUCCACCCUUGGCUGGAUGCAACAGCGAAACUAACAGUGACCAAGGACUGGUAGCGGACGACGAACAACCACAACUUGCCAUUGGGGGGAGCCGCUUUGUGAUUUUGAAUGCAUUUGUCACGGGUCAGGUCAAUCCGGACGUGGUCUGUGGUAACAAUGAAGAUGAUUCGAACCUUUUUCAUAGAAUCUCUAUAGAUUUGUCUCUCACUUUGAAAGGACCUGUCGAACGGUCGGAUCUUGUCCGUCUGACUUUUGAUCAAAUAGACGAAUUAUUGUUGGACAAAGAAGGACAAGGGGAUGAUAACUUGAAAGAUCCGUUCGGUUUGGACGAAUCAUUCUCCAACGUACGAUUGGUCAAAAUCGAAGAUCAAUAUGUAUCAACGGCUCCAUCAACGGAUCCAUCAGUAGUGACUUCAUCUUCAAGUCCCACUCGAACAAUUUCUGAAGUCCCAAGCCCUUCACCAUCAAGAGUCAUAUCCACGCCAUCAAUAAUGGGACCUACCUUGGCACCCCUAGCUGGCCCAACGCCACCGCCAACUGUAAGAAGCCAAACACCACAGCCAUCACUGAGAACUACCUUGUCUCCCGUAGUUGGUCCAACUCCUGCGCCAACUGCAGGAAGCCAGACAUCACAGCCAUCAAUGAGACCUACCUUGGCUCCCGUAGUUGGUCCAACGCCUCCGCCAACUGUAAGCCCGACUACUGUGCCAUCCAAUACGCCAAGUUUACGACCUUCCAGUACACUCUCUUCAUCACCAACAUUGGCUCCAGUGGUCGGACCAACUCUUUCACCCUCGAGUGCACCGUCAAGAGUACCAAGUUUCUCUCCGUCAGCUCUCCCAAGUGAAAGUCCAUCUGCCAAUCCAUCAAUUGGGCCAAGCACCAAUCCUUCAAUUGGGCCAAGCAUUGCACCAUCUGCCAAUCCAUCAAAGCAACCUAGCAUCAAACCAUCUUCGAAGCCAUCAAUGAAACCAAGUAUGGUUGCAUCUGCCAUCCCAUCGACGAAACCGAGCGUGGUUCCAUCUGAUGCCCCAUCGACCAGACCUUCGCAAACGCCCACAGGAUCCCAACCAUGCUUUCAAAGCAACAGCGAACUCAGUACAGAAGUCAACAAUUGGUUUGGCACUGCAUUGCAAAAGACAACAGUUGAGAACACGUAUGGGCCGAUUGGAGACUGGUGUUUUGGUGCAGGUGUAACCAGUAUGGAAGCACUCUUCAGAUAUCGCUCCACUUUCAAUGAAGACUUGUCAUCCUGGGAUGUUUCUUCUGUUACAACCAUGAGUUGGAUGUUCUCCCAAGCACCAUCCUUCGAUCAAGACUUGUCAUCCUGGGAUGUUUCUUCUGUGGUCUUAAUGGAUGGAAUGUUCUCCCAAGCAACAUCCUUCAAUCAAAAUUUGUCAUCAUGGGAUGUUUCUUCUGUGACUGAUAUACAGUAUAUGUUCUACUCAGCAACAUCCUUCAAUAGCGACUUGUCAUCAUGGGAUCUUUCUUCUGUAAAUAGAAUGUGGCGGAUGUUCAAUCAAGCAACUUCGUUUGAUCAGAAUCUUUGCGCAUGGGGCUCAACCCUGAAGAACAAUGCUGUUGCAAGCAACUCGUUUUUAGGCGCUACUAGCUGCCCUUCACAAUCCGAUCCAAACCUCUAUGCUAAUCCAAAAGGUCCAUUUUGUCACCAGUGCCCAUAG